CAUCUUUCGAGUUUACCAUGAAAUCUUUCACACUAGUCAUCUUUCUAGUCUUUGCUGCUUCCGCCGUGAUGAGUUCACCUAUUGUCAAGGAAGUCAAUGAAAAAGCUUCCAAUACCGAAAUUGGCGUUUCAGAAGCCGACGUUCGUCAGAAACAACUGCUGGGUUGCUUGAUGGAUAUUUGCAAUUGGGACCUUUGUCCAGAAAACUGUGUGUAAUAGUCAGCUUUGGCUUGAGAAAUAUCAAUCAAAGAGAGUAAUCCACUCAGUAUGUUUCUUCGUUUCCCUGUUGGAUUGAUAAUUCUGUAAUAAAUAAG